AAACAGCUGAUCUGUGAGUUUGAAUUCUUUUGUGACAUUUUUUUUAUUAUUGAGAGUUACUAGUGGAACUGUCGUCUCAAGCAAAGAUAUCGUAACAUGGACAACAUUCCGAUAAAUCUGCUAAAUCCGGAAAACAUAACCGACGAAGAAAAGUCGUGGUCUGGGGCGUUUACAUUCGUACAAUCGGCUGACACACAGUUGGGUCUACUCGAUGAGAUUUUAAACGUAGAUGAGCCCAAUUGGGACAAGGAAAAAGCGCUGUGCCGAGAAUCAAUCAAACGAAUUAAUGAAAUGAAACCGAAACCGAGAUUUUACGUCAUUUGCGGUGAUAUGCUGAAUGCUUUUCCAUACGAAGAUUUCAGGAACACUCGGGACAAACAGUACGCCGACUUUGUGGACAUAUUCAAAAGCGUCGAUCCCGACAUAAAACUGAUUUGCGUUUGCGGCAAUCAUGAUAUCGGAGACACACCUACGCCAGAAACAGCACGAAUGUACAGAGCCCAGUUCGGUCAGGACUAUUUCAAAUUUUGUUACGGCGGAGUUCUGUUUGUCGUUUUGAAUUCGCAAUAUUUUAAGUGUCCCGAUGCCAUACCGGACGAGACGAGUAGGCAAUCCCAAUUCAUCGAUCAAUUGGCGAAUUUUAUGGAUCCAAAACCGAAGCAUAUUGUCGUCUUCCAACACAUCCCGUUUUUCCUACAACACCCCGAUGAAGAGGAUAAUUAUUCCAACAUUCAAAAGGAAAUGAGACUACCGAUGCUGGAAAAGUUCUAUAAUUUAGGUAUUCGAUAUGUCUUCUGUGGACAUCAUCAUGGAAAUUGUGGUGGCUUCUACAAAGACAUGGAACAGGUCGUUACCACGGCUGUUGGUGCACCGUUGCGAAAAGAUCCGAGUGGUCAUCGGGUAGUCAAUGUAUUAGAAGAUCGAAUUUCACAUGAAUUCGUUCCGUUUUUUACGAAUUUAGACGAACAAGAGAACAACAAUUUUAUGCCAUUGUGAUCAAGUGUCUUUGCUGCAAAUAAAAUUUCCCUAGAGUCAACAGUCA